AUGUCCCUCAGAUUUACAGUUCUCGACGCGUUUACGAAUAUGCCGUUUGGCGGGAAUCCGGCUGCAGUCAUUCUCCUCCCUCAUGACCACAAGUAUCCAGACUCGACGCUGCUCGGCAUUGCCAAAGAGUUCAAUAUCUCGGAGACAGCCUACAUCGUAGUACCAUCUACCAUCGAAGUUCACGAAACCACGCCAAAUGGGGAAGACACGUCGAGCGAAGUCGCACUCUGUGGCCAUGCAACGCUUUGCAGUAGCGCCGCGGUAUUCUCAGAUGAAUCUCUGAUACCACCCAAUGUCAACGAAAUACGAUUUUCCACACUCUCCGGCAUGCUUACGGCUAGACGCGUGCCCUCGCAGCCACCAAAGUAUGAAGUGCAUCUACCGGCAGGGACUGCGGUUCCCACAGGAGAGGAAGCGAUGCGAAUCGCACGGAAAUUGGCCAAGAACGCACUGGGCGAGGCCGUGAAAGUGCUCUCAGUCGCUGUUUCACCAGCGUCCCCUUAUACUGAGUAUAUCUUGAUUGAGAUUGACAAUAAUGUGCCAUUGAAGGAGUUGCAUGUCGUAUCAUCAGCUUUCGUGUCCGACAAUUGGCAGUUUACGUUGUUCAUGGUGACUCAGUGCAAUGUUGUGGAUGAGUCGACAAACGCACUGGGGUUCGACUACCGCGUUUUCGCCCCUGCGUGGGGUGUCACCGAGGAUCCUGUUUGUGGGUCCGCCAUCGCCUUCGCUGCAAGUUCCUGGGUGGCAAAGGUGCCUCCACAGGUCGACGCUCUCACUGGGGAGCCUGUGAGCAAAGUCCGUGCCGUUAGCGCUCGCGGGGGAGAGAUCGAUGUCAGGUGA